AUGAAAAGUCCAACAAAAGAAAUAAUUCAAAGAGAGGGAGAUGAAAAAAACACAGAUGGUGCUCUGAGAGGAGCCGGCGGUUUGUGUCACGAGUACCAGGCGAGCAUACUCACCGAGGAGUAUACAAUUAGACCGCGCCGAGAUCUAAUCAAGUGUGAUUUUAAUAGAGUGCCGCUGAUGAAGCAAGCGCGGGCCCGAGCGCCGUCACGAGAACAGAUAAUAUCGCGUAUCGCACGUCAGCGCCGCAACGAGUCGGCGGACGACCGCGGAACUUGCUCAAAGCGAGGAACGCUACGUGUCCCCUGGUCGCGAGGUCUGCUCGCCACGAGAGAGAAAGAGAUGCAGUAUAAUAGGAGCCUGUUAUUAGACAGGGAUGGGAGAGAUGUUACGAUCGGCAUAAAAAUGUUAGAAGGGCGCAUACUGAUUAGAACAGCGGCAUCGCCUGUCGUAUUUAUUGCCUUCGCUUAUUUACCCAAGAACAUUGAUAAUGAUAUAGUAGUGAUAGUAUUACCAUGUGGUAUUAGUAAAGCGUUCAUUCAUUUCCAAGAAUUACAUCUGGACAAGGGUUGUUGA